AUCCUGGGAGCUGUAGUCCCAAGGCACAGGGGGCCGCUGCUGCUGCUCUUCCUCGGCGGUGAGGCCUCCUUCCUUCGCCGCUUCGCCGGAGGCUCCCGCGGCCUUGCUCUGCUUUUGUUUCAGCGCAACAGCGAGGAGAUGCGAUGACAACGUCCGCCCUCCAGAAAGCCAUUGAUUUGGUCACAAAAGCGACGGAGGAGGACAAGGCCAAGAACUAUGAGGAGGCCCUGCGUCUCUACCAGCAUGCGGUGGAGUACUUCCUGCACGCCAUCAAGUACGACGCGCACAGCGACAAGGCCAAGGAGAGCAUCCGGGCAAAGUGCGCACAGUACCUGGACCGGGCCGAGAAGUUGAAGGACUACCUGCGGAACAAGGAGAAGCAGAGCAAGAAGCCCGUCAAGGAAGCCCAGAACGAUGGCAAAGGGAGUGAUAGUGACAGCGAAGGGGACAAUCCCGAGAAGAAGAAACUGCAGGAGCAGCUGAUGGGUGCCAUCGUGAUGGAGAAGCCCAAUGUGAGGUGGAAUGACGUGGCCGGUCUAGAGGGGGCCAAGGAGGCCCUCAAGGAAGCCGUCAUCCUCCCUAUCAAGUUUCCCCACUUGUUCACAGGAAAGCGCACGCCAUGGCGAGGGAUCCUCCUCUUCGGCCCGCCGGGCACAGGGAAGUCCUACCUGGCCAAAGCUGUGGCCACUGAAGCUAGCAACUCUACCUUCUUUUCCAUCUCCUCUUCAGACCUGAUGUCCAAGUGGCUUGGGGAAAGUGAGAAGUUGGUGAAGAACCUCUUUGAGCUGGCCAGGCAGCACAAGCCCUCCAUCAUCUUCAUCGAUGAAGUGGACUCUCUGUGUGGCUCCCGAAAUGAGAACGAGAGUGAAGCCGCACGGCGGAUCAAGACAGAGUUCCUGGUGCAAAUGCAGGGUGUCGGCAACAAUAACGAUGGGACGCUGGUCUUGGGUGCCACAAACAUCCCCUGGGUCUUGGACGCUGCCAUUCGGCGAAGGUUUGAGAAGCGCAUCUACAUCCCUCUCCCGGAGGAACCAGCCCGGGCUCAGAUGUUCAAGUUGCACCUGGGCAACACACCCCACAGCCUAACGGACACCAACAUCCAGGAACUGGCCCACAAGACGGACGGCUACUCAGGGGCCGACAUCAGUAUCAUUGUGCGUGACGCCCUCAUGCAGCCCGUGCGCAAGGUCCAGUCGGCCACCCACUUCAAGAAGGUCCGCGGCCCCUCCCGCACGACUCCUGGUGUAAUGGUGGAUGAUCUGCUAACUCCAUGUUCUCCGGGGGAUCCUGGUGCCAUUGAGAUGACCUGGAUGGAGGUGCCAGGGGACAAGCUCCUGGAACCUGUGGUCUGCAUGUCGGACAUGCUGCGCUCGCUGGCCACCACCCGCCCCACCGUCAAUGCAGAGGACCUCCUCAAGGUCAAGAAGUUCACAGAAGACUUUGGCCAGGAGGGCUAGCGAUCGCUGGGCCGUUUCGCCACAGAGAAAAGGAAGAGCCCUUUUGUGCCGGUGGCCAGCCAUGCCAAGCUGAGCUUUGCCCCUGACUUGGCGCUCUGCCCGUCUACACUUUGGGGGCCUGGUUUUUGGAGAGACGGAAGAGACAGCACUACAACCUUGGGGGCCGUUCUGCGCAAUGGACGCCAAGGCCCCUUCCCCUCCCCACCCUUUUCAGGACAUCUCCACCUCCUUUAUGGUUGCUGUUUUUUUUCCUUUACUUUUAAUUACUGCUGCUUGGUUUUGUGUCCAUAUGAAUAAAAACACAGCCCGAACCUGCCACCGGUCCACAGCCCUUUUCCUGAGGCCUGGCUGUCUCUCUCGACUGGUGCCUCAAAGGAACAAAGUGUAUCAGGCGACUCUUCUGAGGCUACUUCUCUCAUCUGCCAGGAGAUGAAUACAAAGCAGGGAGACCUCUCUCCCCAUCCCACCAGAAACUUGGACCCAAGAUCCGGAGCGGCUCAGCUGCCUUCCUUCCCUUCUGUGGUGGCCACUUGCAUGGCUUCCCUUCUGGCUGCAGGAGAACGCUGUGUCUGGACUCCUCCAUCCUGCCGAGCUGCAAACAGAGACUGGAAGGAUGCAAGAUCAGCAAGAUCUUCCUUUCUUGGGCUGCUGCUCCUCCUACUUUUUCUGGGAAGGAUGCUGGCCUGGAUGGGGCAGGAAUGCCACCUGCAUCCCAGCAAAUGGUUGGCACGAGUCUUGCCCAGGGACUUGUGUCUGGAGGGAGGGACCGUCUCCUUCCCCGCUUCCUCUCUGCAGGCCCUCAUUUCCUCCCCAGAGAUGGAUUUCUUAUCUUCGCGCCACUUGCACUCCCUCCCUAUUCCUGGCGAUAGUUUUGCUCCCCCAAACCAUUUGGCUUGGCACCCUGCAACACGUAACACACGCCCCUCAUGCCAUCCUCUGCUUUAGUCCCGCCUUAGCACUACUGAGGAAGGCCUGGCAGAUGUGUUUGCGGCCUUCACCGGAGCCUGAGAGGGGGAUUUCUAGUGCACAGGGGGCCACUAAGGGCUGAGCUCAGCCCUCCCCUCCAGUUCCUUGACCUGUGUAGAUGAUUCAGACAGAUCAAUGCCUGUUUGGGGAGGGACGGUUUAGAAAGUAAUAAAAAGUGUUGGAAACAA